CUAGAAAGUUUGCUGCUUGGCUGCUAUCAAGCUUGUUGUACAUUCAACGUGUCCAACCUGCCUCACGAUCAUCUCGACCAUCAGAGCCAUGAUCUCUGUCGCAUCCCACAAACACUCGUGGAUGAUUCUCAACGACAGCAAUACCCUCUCGGAUCCAUCUCAGUGACCUCGCAGCUGCGCUCGAGCACCAAACACAAUUUGUGUGUCAAUAACAACACCCCUCCUGGCCCGGAAAUUGCGUCUGCGCAGCUUCCCCAUUCCCUUCCCUGCACCACUUUUCUGCACCACGAUCACCACCACCACGACAGACUCAAUGCAUCGACAGUAAUUCCACAUCCCUUGCUGGCCGUCAACCACGAUUCCCCCUCGUGGGCUUUGCCUUCAAAUGCUCAUCAACUGAAGAUGACCACCAUCGUCAGCAGUAUCCCUGGUUCGCCUCCUGAUCUUUCUGGCUCGCGGUCCUCGAAAUCCUCGUCACUUUCUUCCACUUUUUCAACCCCCGAGGGUUUGGAGUCGGACAACACACAUUUCGAAGAGAUUGGACUUCAAGAUGACAGAAAUGUUUCCUCCCAGGCAUACCAUUCCCGCGACCUUUCUAUGCAGUCUGUCGCCUCUCAUCAUGAGUUGAUGAGGAGCAAAGACAACCUCAGUUUUGAUAAAAAACCUACACUCUCACACAUUCACACCCGUGUUUCUUCAGGGGGCCCGAAACCAGCAUGGGGUCAGCAUCCCCUCAAGCGUGGGCUCACUGCCCCGGAAGGUCUCUUCGCGUCCAACAGCAUGAGGACGCGUUCCUCUUCUCCUCCAACUAGAAGACCUCUAGGCUCGGGGUCCAUGUCAUCCCAUAACCUUUCUGGACUUCGCCCUAUCCCUCAAGCACCCGCAUCUCUUGGUGUACCAUCUCGAAGAUCGUCCUGGCAGCCCCAGAGGAAAACGAUUAAAGAGCUGGAAGACGAAUACCAUGACUCGGACGACGAGCUGCCUGAUGACGCCAGUCUAUGGAACGUCCCAAUAUCUCCCUGUGUCACCACUGGACAGAGGUCCCACCGAUCCAGCUUUCGCGGCAGUCCUGACCGAGAAGCUCUAUCGCACAGUCCUGGACCCAUUCCCCUUGCCCACGCAAAGACAGCCCCCGAUUCACCUCCUCGCCAGCCCAUGCAUUCUCAGAUCCUCCCCCGACACAGACCUCAAGGCUCGAGAACGGUCUCGUUGAAUCCUUCUCUUUCGAACCCCUCAUCUCCACGCAGUCGCCGCAAUCUUCGAAGUACCCGGACCAAGUCAUGGAACAUUGUCAUGUCUGAUCUUAGUGAAGAGGCGCGAGUCAUCUCCCAGGCCCUGGAAUAUCAUGCUGAGACCGAGAAGCGCGAAAAGUCUCAUGACCCUACCUGGAACACAUCUCGGGAGGAAUUGUCAACAUCAGCAAGUAUCAAGGUGCAAAAAUCGGUUAUUCAGUUACCAGAGAUUCAAAAGAGCACAUUGGAUUUCAUGCCUAUUUCCCGAGAAAAAGAGGCCAUCCUGUCUCGGACGCGACCGUCGUGGUUACCGCCCAAGAACCCCAAAGAGGAACGAAAACAUCUACGGGAAUAUCAGAAGAUGAUGGCUGCGUCUCUCGAGGCGGAGAAGAAACGGCAAUCCAAGGUGCAGGCUCAGAAAACGGACCGAGAAAUAACAAACGAGUCCCUGCAACGGAUCUGGACUUUUUAUAUCGACGAGACCACCGACUUAAGUAUAAUCGACAAACGAAUUUAUGACCUUUGCUGGCGUGGGAUUACGCCGAGUCUGCGCGGGAAAGUGUGGCAGAGGACCAUUGGCAACAGCUUGGGUCUUACUGUCCAGAGCUAUGAAAAGGCACUGGGGCGAGCGCGAGAAAUCAAGAAUCGGCCCCAAGCUCAACUUGAUCGGCACGCCCAGAGUAUGGGUCAAUGGUUUGUGGACAUCGAAAGGGACGCAGAAACAGCAUUCCCAGAACUGAAUCUGUUCCAGCGACAUGGGCCCAUGUGGCAAGACCUCGUAGAUGUCUGCGAGGCCUAUGCUUGUUAUCGAAGUGACGUUGGUUACAUGUACGGCAUGCAACUGAUGGCAGCUUUGAUGCUUCUCCAACUUCCAACGCCUGCAGAUGCGUUCAUUCUGAUGGCCAACUGUCUGAAUCGGUCAGCGCCUUUGGCUUUCCAGACCAGCGACGGCAGUGCGACCUUGAAGAUUUACCACCAUGCGAUCUCAACGUUGAGCAUCAAAUCUCCUCGGCUUCACGAAUAUCUGUUUGGAUCGAUCGAGCAAGGCGGCCUGGGUUUCAGUCCGGGGGAGAUUCUUGAGCCCAUGUUCCGAACCAUCUUUUCCAACGGCCUCGAUGUUGAUCGUCUCUGCCGAAUAUGGGAUAUUUGGGUAUUUGAAGGCGAUCGGGCAUUGGUCCGAGCCGCCGUAGCCAUCCUCGGCUGCCUCCAGUCACAGUUAUUUGAUAUUCGAGGCGACAUCGAUCUCAAACGCCGCAACACACAGGAGAUGCUCGGAUGGGGCCCAUUCAACCGACAGCCCAAAUCCGGACACUGGAAUCUCCAUACGAUUGGAGAUGAAGAGAAAUUUAUGGAGGAAGUACGACUUGCUGGGACGCUUGAUGUAAAUGGCCGAUGACCAGGUUGACGGAUGAUGACUUGUACUGAUUUUGGCGCACCAUUCUUCGAGGGUUUUGGAAAUGAACUCGCAAAGCUCCUUUGUUAGCUUUCUCCUUCCACUGACAACAGUAUUGGUGGGAAGUAACGUCGAGCAGCCCUUUGGCAUAAAACCAACAUAAUACUGUGACGAAAAUGUUUAUGACAGGAUAUAUUCAUCAGCACGGUCGAGAUGGUAUUCUCCCUUGGCUGGACGAUGGACGAUGGAAUUACGGUACUCUCCAGAGAUGGAGACGUUGAUUCUUGGAUUCUAUUCUUGAAUAACUGCUUUACCUAACUACAUUGACUGGAUGUGUCUGACUUGGCCAUGGUAUGGCUACAGAAGUCGAAGGCCAUUCUCACUGCCUGUCGAUUCGACUAGGAAAUUGUGAAGAUAGACAUCUUACACCUAAUAUGAUCAUCAUGCAUCACUUGA